UAGCGAUUGUAUUUAGAAUUGCAGCUUGUCACGAAUUAUCUUCCCAUGAGUGCUAAAACCCUGUCUGUGUUCUGCUCGCGUCCCCGUAUUGGGGUAGAAACAAGAAUAUCUAUUUAACGUUAACGCUGGCAACCUUGGUGUCAAAUUCAUGCCUUUGAUAUUGAUAUGCUGAUACGAAUCGUUUGUCCGAAACGGUUUCAACCAAACCGUUUGUGGGGCCCAGCUGAUUGAAGUGACUUGUAUCGUGCCUCUCAAGAUUACUGCUGCACCUGAGGGAAGAAGAUGUUCUUCUAUGUUGUAGCUGGCGUGACCAUGGGACUUGGACUGUAUUGUGUUAUUACCAGGGGACGUGGUAGGUCAUCCAGGAGGUCCAGACCAAGUCUUCUCUUCACUGUUAUGUACUGGCUCUACUCAAAGACACAUGUUGGGUACUGGUACCACCGCCAUCUUCUUACUAAGGCAAGGGAGAAAUAUCCAGAUGGCCACUCUGUUACAUCAGCAGUGACAUUUGGAGGUUUGUACUUAAAGAUCCAGCCUGUGGCCAUUGUCUCAGACAACUACAGCUAUGUGGUGAUGAACACCAAGAGGAGGAUUGCAGUUGUUGUGGACCCUUCUGACCCAGAGGCAGUUCAGGCCUAUGUGAAGCAAGAAGGUAUACAGCUUGCAGCUGUGCUGACAACUCACAAACACUGGGACCACAGUGGUGGGAACCACGCCUUAAAGAGGAUGUUUCCAGGUCUGCCCAUAUAUGGCAGUGCUACAGAUGGAGUUCCAGGCCUCACCAACCCAGUACUGGAUGGGGAUAUGAUACAGGUGGGAGGGUUGGAGUUCCAUGUAAUGUCCACUCCUGGACACACAGUGGGCCAUGUGGUGUACCAGUUGGAUGGAGCGCCAUUCCAGGCACCUGACUCACUCUUCACUGGAGAUCUCCUCUUUAUUGGGGGCUGUGGUCGCACAUUUGAGGGUGAUGCAGCGACCAUGCUGAAGUCUCUGGAGAAGGUCAGCAGCCAGCCAGACAACACCAUCAUCUGGCCAGGUCAUGAGUACACUCUGGAAAACCUGCUCUAUGGAGAGACAAUAGAUGGAGACAAUGAGAACAUCAGAGAGAAACUGAGAUGGACAAAGGACAGAAGAAAAGCAAGGAUGGCUACCUGCCCAUCAACAGUGGGAGAUGAGAAACAACACAACGUGUUCCUGAGGACCAGGGACCCCGCUGUGGCUGAAGCGGUCGGCAUGGCAACCAGGAGAUUGACAGGUGUGACAGAGGAGUUCCAGGCCAGUGUGCUGGCAGAGCUCAGGGAGAUGAAGGACAAGUUCAAGGUGUCCACAUGAAGAUGCUGAGGAGUGGAAAUUAUGUUAGAUGUUCAGAUUAAUCAUAUGUUCUGUUAGACAAAAGGUAUAUUCAUACUCUAAAUGUACAUGUACAUAGCAAAAGUGCUUGUCUGACUGCAUUUCUUUGUUACAUUCCUUAGAUGCAUACAGAGAAAUACUACCAAUGAAAUCUCAAUAUUUUGGGAAGGAUGAAAAUGGCACAGGAUAUAUCCAUAUUGCCAUGUUGAUUAACUGUCUAUGAAAGUGUCAAAACUAUAUUUCUUUCUUACUGGGUUGUGUUAACUCUGAACUCAUGCAUCAUGAACAACAGAGGCUUGUAUUGAUUUUCACCCAAUGUCCUUUUAUUGUGAAGGUUUAUGUACUCUUACAAUAGUCAUCUAGUCUAUGUCCACCAGAUAAUUGAACACUGAUCAUCACUUCCCCUCAACUACAUGUAUACUAUUUCAUCAUUAAUCCAUGUAAUCUUGUAUAAGUAUAAAGUGAUUAAUAUGAACAGUAUAUAUGUGGUGCAGUAACAUAUCUGUUGCAUGGAGUAAUAGCAAUUAUUGGUGCAAUAGUGGUGCAAAUCUUUGGCCUUUGGUCAAGACUUAAUCUUGCCCCAGACCUUGGACCCAGCACAAGACAAGACUUAAUAACUGCAUUAAGUGUAUGUUCCUUGUUUGCUGUGGUUAUACAUUUGUAUAUGAGAUGUUUGUAUAUAUAUGUAUAAUGUUACCCAAUGGUAUAUACUUUAUAUACUAUAUCAGUUUACUUCCAUUUAAGAUUUUAUGAAGAAGAAUUUUAGACUGUGAGUACAAAUGUAAUGUGAAUAGAUAUGGUAAACAUCAUUGUGGCAGGUAAGAAUAAGAUAUCAUCAUAGUAUAGGAACAACUAAUAUAUAAUGCUUCUGAUAAUCUUAAGUUCUAAAAUUGUUCCUUUUGACAUAGAAUUAUGCUGUUGAAUUCCAUUCCAAAAAUGAAAGCCCAUUGAUC